AGGACUGUGAAGUCUUGCAGCGGUUCAGACUUAAGGAGUGACAACUUAACGACGGCGAGAGCGCUUCGUCGGUUUGGUCCUCGCUCUUCCCGGUUAUCUGGACGGAGGCGACAGCUGAGCUCACAGCCGCUUCAUUUUCCUCGGUGAGACGAGCCCAGCCGCCAACUCCUGCGAGGAUAGCUCGGAUAUUCAAGGACAUUUUAACGUUAUCACAGCUACUUUGGCCUUUUUUCGCCCCACGGCCGAUUGAGGAAAUCCAACGUGUGCGUCUCCUGCGCAAUGAUGUGGUCAGAUUUAGUAAACACCAUCAGAAACUGCGGUUGAUAUUUACACACUCGCACACACAGGAGGUAAUGAUGUGUCUCUGCGUGUCAUCUUUGCAUGUCGCGCCCGCACCCCUUCCUCUGCCGAAGGGCCAAACAAACGGCGACGUUAAGGAAAUCAGUUGCUGACUUUCGAUGCGUUCAUCUCAAUUAUGGCAUCGCUUCCAACCCCAGACCUCAUCAAGCCGGCGGCAUCUUCGUGCUGAGAGCGAACCGUGUUACUGGUGAAAGCGGCGACCCCAAAACGCGGAGAAAGGCCGAUGAACUUUGCGUUACUCUUCAAAACUGCUGAGUGCUGGAGCUUGGUGAAGCCAGAGGUGCAUCGCAGGUGUGCAUCAGGUCCAGGAACCAUCAAUGUGGACUUCAUCUGGUGAUUUGACAAGUCACAUAUAGGAGCCCCCUGAGUCUCUCCUGCCCCCUCUCCCCCUCCCUUCCCUCUGUCCCUCCCUCCUCCUUUCCCUUAUCACUCUUCUCCCUGACCCCCCUUUCACCAUGCUUAUAAAGGAGUACCGCAUCCCCAUGCCCAUGAGUGUGGAGGAGUACCGCAUCGCCCAGCUCUAUAUGAUCCAGAAAAAGAGCAGAGAAGAGAGCUGUGGUGAAGGUAGCGGGGUGGAGAUCCUAGAGAAUAAGCCCUACACAGAUGGGCCGGGUGGGGCAGGCCAGUACACCCACAAGGUCUACCACAUUGGCAUGCACAUUCCCAGCUGGUUCCGCUCCAUAUUGCCCAAAGCAGCCCUGAGAGUUGAAGAGGAGUCCUGGAACGCCUACCCUUACACCCGCACCAGAUACACCUGUCCCUUUGUUGAGAAGUUCUCCAUUGACAUUGAGACCUACUACAAAUCCGACACAGGCAACCAAGCAGAUGUCUUCAAUAUGUCUGCAGCAGAGAAGAGGCAGAGGACUAUUGACCCAAUCGACAUUGUGACAGAUCCCAUCCCCCCUCACGAGUACAAAGCAGAGGAAGACACGCGGCUCUACAAGUCAGUCAAGACCCAGAGGGGUCCUCUGCGGGACGACUGGAUAGAAGAGUACAACAAUAACCCAGGGAAGACCCCCAUCAUGUGUGCCUACAAACUCUGCAAGGUGGAGUUCCGCUACUGGGGCAUGCAGUCUAAGAUUGAACGUUUCAUCCAUGAUGUUGGACUGAGAAAGGUGAUGGUGCGUGCCCACCGGCAGGCCUGGUGCUGGCAGGAUGAGUGGUACGGUCUGACCAUGGAGGACAUCCGGCAGCUGGAACUGGAAACCCAGCUGGCCCUGGCCACAAAGAUGGCCCUGUUCAGUCAGGCAGAGGAGGCCACAGAGGCCAACGGAGGUGCUCCGUCUCCUGACAAAGACCAGGAGGUUAAAGAGGCGAUGAACUCCAUUGAAGCUGAGGAGGUGGCUGAGGAGGUGACUCUCCAGCCACGAGGUGUACUCACCAAACAGUGGUCCACUUCAUCCCGAUCCUCCCGCUCAUCCAAGAGAGGAGUGAGUCCAUCACAUCACAGCAUCUCAGAGUGGAGGAUGCAGAGCAUAGCGCGAGACUCAGACGACAGCUCGGACGAGGAGUUCUUCGACGCUCAUGAGGAUUUCUCAGAUGGCGAGGAGGUCAUCCCAAAGGAAAUCACUAAGUGGAACUCCAAUGAUCUCAUAGACAAGAUUGAAGCUACAGACACAGAGGAAACUCCUGGUGAGCUGUUCAAGGAAAUGACAGUGGAUUAUGAAAGAACAACCAGUGAGGACAGACUAGAUGAGGAGAGCUCGUCCCAGCAGUGCCUGCAGCCUUCCAAAAUCCACGUGCUGAUCUUGGUUCUUCACGGAGGGAACAUCCUGGAUACAGGCGGAGGGGACCAGAACAGCAAGCAGGCCGACGUCAACACGAUUAGUACAGCUUUUGACACAGUCAUGCGUGUUCACUACCCCGCUGCGCUGGGACGCAUCGCCAUCCGUUUGGUACCCUGCCCUGCCAUCUGUGCCGAGGCCUUCUCCCUAGUGUCCAACCUGAGCCCAUACAGCUACGAUGAAGGUUGUCUGUCCAGCAGCCAGGACCACAUCCCCCUGGCAGCUCUCCCACUCCUGGCCACCUCUGCUCCACAGUACCAGGAGGCCAUGGCCACCGUCAUCGUCAGAGCCAACCAGGUGUACGCAGAUUUCAUAAAGUCUCUGAAUGGGGCAGCCUUCACCGGCCAGGUAUGCCUCAUUGGAGACUGUGUGGGAGGAAUUUUGGGAUUUGAUGCCCUGUGCAGUAGCAAUCAGACAGUUAAUGAAAGCCAGAACAGCAGUCGCAGGGGCAGUGUCGUGAGUGUACAGGACCAGGAUCUCCUCUCUCCUGGUAUCAUUGUCAACAGUGGGCACGGGUCAGCCUCUUCGACCCUGGAGGGCAGCCGUCACCUCAGUCGCAGUAACAUAGACAUCCCUCGUGCUGGCGCAGGUGACGACACCAAGAGACAACUGCCACGCAAGAGAAGUGACUCCUCCACCUACGAACUGGACACGAUCAAACAACACCAGGCCUUCCUGUCCAGCUUACACUCCAGUGUCUUGCGGAACGACGCAGUCUCACGCAGGUCAAGCAGCAGCACUAUGCUGGAUGGAGGCUCCGUGGGGAAGUUUGACUUUGAGGUGUCCGACUUUUUCCUGUUUGGCUCUCCCCUUGGUUUGGUACUGGCCCUGAGAAAGACUGUCAUUCCUAUGCUGGAUGUGGCCCAGCUGCGCCCUGCCUGUCAGCAGGUCUACAACCUGUUCCACCCAGCCGAUCCCUCAGCCUCCCGCCUGGAGCCUCUGCUGGAAAGGAAAUUUCAUCUCCUGCCGCCCUUCAACGUGCCCCGUUACCAACGCUUUCCCCUAGGUGAUGGAAACUCUGCGCUACUGGUGGAGACAGUCCAGAGCAACUCUCAGCUGCUACUUGACAGCGGGCCUCCCCUGUCCUUUCGCUGUCAGGAGACCAUCAGUGAGACCUGCAUCCCUGUGCCUGUGCUAAACUGGCAGGAGGGCUCCCUCAAAGCCACACCCACCACUAUGGAGUCGGAUGUUGUUCAGUCUCAUGGUGGUGUCUUCAUGGACAGUUCGUACCCCUCAUCCCCCGUAACGGGCCCCCUCUCCCGGGGCCAGCGGAGGGCCAGUGAGGUCAGCAUUGCCAGCCAGGUCUCAGGAAUGGCAGACAGUUACACUGCCACCAACAUAGCCAACACCAAUUCAUGCCAAACUAACCAAUCAAAAAAGUUUGGCCUUUUGUCCCAACUCGCCCUAUCAUCGCAAAACAAAUUCUUCAUGAAAAGUCCCCCAAAAUCCCGUAAGACAAGAUGUCCUGGUGCAGGUCUAAUGGCAGAGCUGGACAAUGAGGCAGAGACUAGUGAAGGGCUAAAUCCUACUGGCCAAUAUGAGAACUGCCUGUCACCCGGGCUGGACUGUGCUAUAUCUGUUCUGGUCUCACUGGACUCUCAAGCUGAAGUGGAGCAAGUUGCAGCACGUUGGUGGGGCACAAAGCGGCUGGACUUUGCCCUGUACUGCCCCGACGCUCUGACCGCUUUCCCCACAGUGGCUUUACCGCACCUCUUCCACGCAUCAUACUGGGAGUCCACUGAUGUUGUGUCUUUUCUCCUGAGACAGGUCAUGAGGCAUGAAAACUCUAGCAUCCUGGAGCUCGAUGGGAAAGAAGUGUCUGAAUUCACCCCCUCCAAACCUCGAGAGAAGUGGCUCCGCAAGAGGACUCAUGUGAAGAUCAGGAACGUGACUGCCAACCACCGUGUGAAUGACGCAGUGUUCACAGAAGACGCCCAGCAGGUCUUGACUGGUCGCUUCAUGUACGGCCCUCUGGACAUGGUCACUUUGGCCGGGGAGAAGGUUGACCUCCACAUCAUGACCCAGCCUCCAUCAGGAGAAUGGGUGUACUUCAACACAGAAGUGACCAACAGUAGCGGCCGUGUGUCUUUUGUCAUCCCAGAGGACAAACGUCUGGGCAUUGGAGUCUACCCAGUCAAAAUGGUUGUGAGGGGCGACCACACAUUUGCAGACAGCUACCUAACAAUUAUCCCACGUGGCACAGAGUUUGUGGUAUUCAGCAUCGACGGGUCAUUUGCCGCCAGUGUGUCAAUCAUGGGCAGUGAUCCCAAAGUGCGGGCAGGAGCAGUUGAUGUUGUCAGGCACUGGCAGGAUUUGGGCUAUUUGAUCAUCUAUGUGACAGGACGACCAGACAUGCAGAAGCAGCGGGUAGUUGCUUGGUUGUCUCAACACAACUUCCCUCAUGGCAUUGUCUGCUUCUGUGAUGGCCUGGUCCACGACCCACUCAGACACAAGGCCAACUUCCUCAAGACCCUGACCGAGGCUCACAUGAAGAUUUUCGCCGGCUAUGGAUCAACCAAAGACAUCUCAGUCUACACCUCCAUUGGCCUCCCCUCCUCCCAAAUAUUCAUUGUCGGCAGACCCUCUAAGAAGAUGCAGCACCAGUGCCAGUUCAUAACAGAGGGAUAUGCAGCUCAUUUGUCCCAGCUGGAAUACAACCACCGUUCUCGGCCGGCUAAGUCCAGCACUGCACGGAUGGUGCUACGUAAAGGCAGCUUCGGCUUGGGUGCGAACAGUGACUUCCUGAGGAAAAGGAACCACCUGCUGCGCACCAUCUCCUCCCAACCAGCCCCCAGCUCCCCGACAGGCAGCAUACACAACAGGCCAGAACGCACGCAGAGCCAAUCAGAUGGUGAGCGGCUGGAGAGCGCUCACAGCUACAGCCAGGGAGCAGCACAGCGCAGCAUGAGCAUCACAGCCAGCUGCUGGGGCCGCAGCAGCAGCACCAAGCUGGAACCAGGCGUUCUCAGCCCCAAAUGAGAAUAGGGAGACAAUUUCACUUGAAAAGACAGUGCUGAGGAAGAGACUCUUGACAAAGAUAAAUGAAACAGUUGGCUUGCACCUGAUGGGUAAAUACCACAAUGAAAAUAACAGGUGCUACUAACCACUCUUUAUAAAACAAACGCCAGUCUCACUCAACACAUUUAUGGACAGAAGCUCUGGCUAUAUUUAUUAUAAAACAGACACACACAACUCAACAGGCAUUUCAAGAAGCAUCUUCCUGAAACAGGAACAUGCAUACAAAUAGAUAUAGCUUAUACUGAAGGAAUCCUGACUGUUUCUACUGUUUAGUAAAUAUUUAUCAGCCUUGAAUACAAGGUUUCCUCCUACAACAGGCUUUUAGAUUGGAGAUGGGUACACAUACAAGCAACCCCAUGCUGUAUACAAACAACACAAAGUGGUUACAGACAGCCUGUAUCAGGUCCAAGUGCUGAUACUGCACUGUAACUGACUACUGUUGCUACUGCAAGCACAAUUACUAUAGAGAGCAACUUUGUGUCUAAUAGUUUUAAAGCUAUGUCCUUUUUAUGUGAUAAAAUCUGAUAUGUUCACGUCUGGGAGCAGAGCUGAGAAUCAGGUAAAACUGGAUUGAAUGUAUUUCUUUUCUCGGUGUGACCAAAAAAACAUGAACAUUUACCCAAAAUGUUUGUUCGAAUUUUUUAGGAAAAGCAUAAUUUCUCAACUUUUUUUUUUAAAUGUGUGAUUCGGUAGGCCAACUUGAAAUUAUUUGAUCAAGAGGUACUUCUAUAGCAUGUACAAACAGCAUUUACUAAAAAACGUUUCACCAAACCAUUACAGUCCAGUUUUGCUUGUUUUCUAGUCGUCCCUCAGACCAAAGAACCAUCCAAAUGUCGCAUGAAGCAAACUGCGAAAUUACCCUUUAAUUAUGGUUGCAGCUUCCUGGGUUUUUAUAGCAUUUCAUUACAUCUCACCAUACUGCACUGCUGUACCUUCUUGAAUCUGUAAUGUAUGACCCAGCUAAAGGGAAAACUCCUACUGUAUGGUUAAUGUGCCAAAGUAAACAGUAUAGAAUGAUAUACUGUACAUGAACAGAGAAGAAAUGCUGACGGUCUCCUGUGUAAAAAUGGAACAGAUUGUGCAGUUUGUAGUUGAAUGCCUUCACAAGGCAUUGUACAUAAUUGUUAUAUUACAGUGCAGAUCUGGUAUCUGGUCCACUGAAGACCAGUUUCAAGUGUCUUCUUUUCUCCACCUCAUUCAGGAUACACUUUAUUGAUUGAUCGUCAUAAUUAUUGCUAUUUAAGAUGAUAGAUAUUUUAAAAUAUAUUGAUUUUGUGAACAAAAUGUGUUUUAAAAUUACUUUAGCUGUGUUCUUUUCUCCUUCAAACUUCAGUUGCAGCAGCCAAAACUCAAAAGAGGUAUUUGCCUGGCACAGUAUUGUAUUUUUAUUAUUUUAUCUUGCAGAUCACCAGAAUUGUAUCAAGAGAACUGCUAUCUUGUGUCAUAUAUUGUACGUUUUGUUAUUAUCUAUUUUGGAAAUUUGGGAUAUGGCUUCAUUCUGGUUAUCUCUAAGCUGUAAAUGAGGCGUUGAAUGUGCUCAUAGAUAAUCCUCCUUAGGUUAAGGUCUCUUUUCUCUGUUCUGCUGCUCCUUUAGAGGGAGAAUAAUCUGCAAAUUGUAAAUUCUGUACAAUAUGCUGUCAGAAGUAGGAACACGGAGCUAAGACUUGCUUUAUUUUUUUUUUUCGCCAUUUAUUUCUGAAAUGGGUAAAAAUGUGUGAUUUAUUCAUUUAAAGGAUGUUUAUUUGUCCCUCUACUAGGCAUGUACAGUAUACAGCUGAGUGCAAUGGACCAAUAUGGACUAAAAUGUAAUGGGAAGAGUGCAAUAUUACACAACCACACCACAAGAUCAAACAGACUGUUGAGGGAAUGUCACAGUGCGUUGACAAUCAGUUCAACACGCACACAUUCUACAGAUGUCAAAUUGCAGGGGGAAUCUGAACACAUCUUAGCACUUAGCACAGGCACACAUGCAACAUUUGUAGUCCAUUUUUAAAAAAGUAGAGAGUUUUCACAAGAAAGUGCCAUCGACUUGAUAAUGGUGUGGAAUAUUACAGUAGGGUUUCUCCUGUGGACAGACAUGCUCGGUCUUAACUUUCUUUGAUGUUUCCAUUCCAGCACAUACAGGAUAAAGUCACUUACAUUUAGUGACCCAGAAAUCAGCUGCAAGUUUAUUAGGUCCACCUCUCUAAAAACAAAUAAUGCAGACGUGCAACACAUUCACCUUUUGUGAAGGUUAUAAUGUUCAGUUUUAGUUUGAACUGUUUUACAGAGGUUUAACUUGAUGGUCAUUUUUGAGGCUUUAAUCUGUGGUACUGUAGAAUUGUACUGUGUAAUACUGGGAGGUGUUUUUAAUAUUUUGUUCACCCCUUUUGUAUAGAUGGGGGUAGACUUCAUUCUAGAUAACCGAGUGUACAUCCCAAUGCAUAAGUACCCGUAACCUUCUUACCUUCUAACCUUCAGUACUGUUUCCAGCUAUUCUGGUGAAGAAAAGUGUAAUUACAUACUUUACUACUGUCCCUCUGCAUUUUGACCAUUUCAGAGAUUCAUCUUGAAGCCAUAUAUACAACUCUUUCAAAAGCUGCUGAUUAAAGAAUGGCUGACUGUGUAUUGAUAAUAAAUACAAAAAAAGUACAGGGAACGCUGGAAAACAUGCAUUCAACUAAAGUCGGCAUCUACUCGACCAUAUUCCCGUCCUCAGAGAUCUGAAUCGCUUUGAUAUUAAAAUCCAGAGAAUAUAAAGAAGUAGCAGCAAGUUAUCUGUGAAGUUUGGAUACCUCUGGGCAGACAAUCGCUUUGAUUCUGCUACUGACACACGCAUUACCAGAGGCCUUACAUUUCCCUUUUCUGCCUUACAUUGAGCAUUGUGUUGCGAGGCCUAAAAGAAUGCUGCUCACUCCCGAAUUGACUUAACGGAAAAAGAUAAGACUGUUUAUGUAGACUUUACUUUGUGGAAAUAGGAAAAGGCCAUAUUUUCUUAAAAGGCUUUGGCUUGUUUUCACUUUAAAGGAAAUGUGAAAGGAGAAAUAUAUUUGACAUAUUUCACCAAAAUUAGGCAAUCCAUCACUGUCUCAAGCUCUGUUCCCUGGGUUAAUGCAAUGCCACAACUGUUACGCCAACAGUUAACGUUCAUAGGCUGUAUAUACACACACAAACAACAUACCUUGGUAAAUAUUUUCAUUGUACAGCGUGUGUAUCUUGUAGGUUUGGAUAACUUCAUUUUAUCCAUUCACUUGUGUUUUUAUGUACAGUGUAUAAAGAACAUAUAAAGAA